UAGAAUUUACGAUAAGAUCGUCCUUAUCUCUGAUUGUGGCACAGUUUCAAUUCAAUUUGUCGAGUUUCAACAAUUUAGUUUCCAGCAUUCGUUUAAAAAUAAAUACUUCUUUAAUGAUAAAAUCGGAUGCAAGCCCGAAAUGAAUAUUUCCCCAAGUCUAUCGAAAUUUUUAUUUAUUUUGAUCUUGCUGUCCGUAAUUCGGGGACAAGAAGAAAAUGAAGAACUGUUAGCCGAAAUACAACUCUCCAAUGUAGAAUUGCAAGACGAUUGCGAAAAUGUAGCAAAUAAAUACAAAUCGUCAAUAAUAGACAAUACUUUUACAGAAAAGAUUACAGCACAAGAAAUUCACAGCAAAUUGUUACGAACUCAGUCUGAAACAUUACGACCUUUUGGCGACAUUCCCUACGAUCUUCAGAGAAACUGGGAAUUGAUCGUCAAACCCGGCGAUGCAAUUCUGGAAGAGCCAGACUGGAGUACUUUAGUAUCGUAUGAGGUUGGCAUCGACGAGUUAAUUCACACUUUUAAAGUUCAUUGCAAAAACAAUACGAAAAAUUGUGUUGAAGUCAAGAGAGGCUAUGAUGACUUGCUCGAAACGUCAAGAAAUGCAACUUUACGGAAGAAGAGUUGGUCCGCUUGGCAGACGCUACUUUCGACCAAAUUCAACAAAUUCCACUCGGUUUUGAAUCUCAUUAACAAAGCGGCUCGACUGAAUGAAUUUGACGACCCUAAGUUAUACUGGGAGAAGUUACAAGAUCUAGAAGGCGCGUAUAACUUAGCCGAUGGUUUCUGGGACCAAAUCAAACCAUUUUACACGAAGUUACAAAAUUACAUCAAGACCCGGCUUUUGCGUUUUUACAAAACAACUAGUGACGACAUCCCUGUGUACCUUUCGGGUUCAAAUUUUGGGGACGACUGGAGCAGCAUUGCCAACAUAAUCCUACCCCAUCCUCAAAUCUAUUACUAUGCGGAGUCUUACCUCAACCAAACUUCAAUCAAAGAAAUUUACAAAAUGGCCGAGCAAGUCACUAAGGACUUGGCCUUAGGCCCUUUGGGCCCCAAAUUUUGGGCCAAUAGCCGCUUCAAUUUGCCCUUCUGUGAGAACCACGUGGUUACGUUCUGCUCGCAGGAACAUUCCGAAGUGUUCACUUGCGAUAAAACAUCAUGGGUCCACUAUUUAAACUCAUUUGAGACGGCAAUUGACGUGGCGUUACGUAGCGUCAAUUAUGUUGAUUUGGCAAGACUGAAGUUGCGAUAUUCCGCCAUUGACGACGCCAUUGUUGGUCUCGGAUCGAUUUUUGCUAUCAAGAAUCUGCGAGUCAAAGGAGUCUGGGACUACGAAUUGUUCCAAAACAAUGAUAAUGAAAUGAGCGAACUUUUAUUAAUUGCACUGAGAGUUUUGCCGAAACUUCCGUACUAUCUGGCCGCCGAUAAAUGGCGGCUGGAAGUAUUGCAAAAUGGUGGAGGCGCCAUGACGGCCACGUGGUGGAACUUGCGGAAGGAGUUGCAAGGAAUUGGGGGAGUUUUCAACAACGAAACCGAUUUUCUUGGCGAUUCGUUCAUUGUUUCGAAUCGGCCAUAUUUGAGUAAAUUCCUCGGAACCAUCUUGCAGUUUCAAUUGCUGGAACAUUACCGAAACGGGUGGCAAUAUGCCAACGAAAGCCUUGCGGCUAAUUUCGGAAACGACGAUAAUUUCUUAACAAUGUUGCACGACAGGACGUCCAGUGAUUGGCCAGCAUUGAUUAACGGUUUUGGGGUUUACGAAUUGUCGGCGACCCCACUUUUGGAUUACUUUGCUCCGCUAAAUGAUUAUCUGGACGCGACACUGAAUACGGAACAAGUUGUGCCUUCAACGACCCCAAAGCCCACAAAAGCCCAGAAAAUUAAAACUCUUAUUGUUAAAAAGACAAACGUAACAGAGACAGAUGAAGAUGUGCAAAAUGAUGAACCGGAGCCCGAAGUUCCGAGACAUAUUCUUGAAGAUCGUGAAGAAACUCCCAAUCACGCCAUGGAAAAAAUAACAGUUUUUAUAGGAGUGGGGCUUUUGGCGGGUGUCGCUGCCAUUAUAGGAUUUGUGAUACUUAGGAAAAAAAUGACGGGGAGAGGACGGACGAAUAAUAGGCGCUUUGAGACUUGAUUUUUAUGUGUAUUAAAUUAUUAUUUUGUAAUAAAAUGUUUUAAAUUUGA